AUGGCGUCCAGCUAUGCCCACGCCAUGGACAGGCAGGCCCUGCUGCCCGCCCGCCUCGACGGCCCCGCCGGCCUGGACAAUUUACAAGCCAAGAAGAACUUCUCCGUGAGUCACCUGCUGGACCUGGAGGAGGCGGGCGACAUGGUGGCCGCCCAGGCGGAGGAGGGCGGCGGCGAGCCCGGCCGGAGCUUGUUGGAGUCCCCCGGGCUGACCAGCGGCAGCGACACCCCGCAGCAGGACAAUGAUCAGCUGAACUCAGAAGAGAAGAAGAAAAGAAAGCAGAGGAGGAACAGGACUACCUUCAACAGCAGCCAGCUGCAGGCACUAGAGAGGGUCUUUGAGAGGACUCACUACCCCGAUGCCUUCGUACGGGAGGACCUUGCACGCAGAGUCAACCUCACUGAGGCCAGAGUUCAGGUGUGGUUCCAGAACAGGAGAGCCAAGUUCCGCCGGAACGAGCGCGCCAUGCUGGCCAGCAAGAACGCCUCGCUGCUCAAAUCCUACUCCGGGGACGUGGCGGCCGUGGAGCAGCCCAUCGUACCCCGGCCCGCCCCCAGGGCCACCGACUACCUGUCCUGGGGCACCGCCUCGCCCUACAGUGCCAUGGCCACCUACUCUGCCACGUGUACCAACGCCAGCCCAGCACAGGGCAUGAACAUGGCCAACAGUAUUGCCAACCUGAGACUGAAGGCAAAGGAAUAUAGUUUACAGAGGAAUCAGGUGCCCACAGUCAAUUAACAGCUGGGGGCAGCUGCCUUGCAGAAGGAGAAGACACAGCAGCGCCCGUCCUGCUUUGCAGCUUGUCUGUGCUGAAAGAAAAAAUAAAAGGAAAAGAGAACAACAACAAGAAGAAGAAAACACCAUCAAGAUAAAAGAGAAAAAAAAGAAAAAAUAUAAAACGAAGGAAAAAAAAGCCAACCCUCACCCAGAACUGAACACGGGGAGCAAACAGAACCUGUGAGUGCUCAGGUUCCUCCUUCCUUUUGGGAUAAUGCCACCGUUUUUUAUUUUCUUGUUAUCGUCGGGUUUAUUGCUUCUGCUCAAUAUACUGCGAGCUUCUUCAGUAAAGGACAGUCUCACCCUUGCUGGUUUCCAUUUUUGUGAGGGACUGCACAAAGAAACCUCUGCCAGUCUCAGCCCACGGAGCAGUCCCAGCCCCAGCACGCUGAGGUCCAAAGCUUGCUCAUCUCCCCGCUGCCCCAGCUCACCCUAGAAGAAGAAUUUGUUUGGUCACCGAUUCCCACCCCACCCUGAUCCCUCCAGUCCCUUGUGCCACAGAGGCAGCACGUUCCUCUCAGCCUGCCAGAAGCCCAUUUGGUGCAGCAGGGUGGAUUCCUGCUGGCUGAGUUGCCUGGAAAACCUCCCUGGGCUCUGCAGGGCUCCAUUGUUUGGUUGAGUAUUCCCUGCACUGCUGCCUCAAAAAGCCAAAGAAGAGA